AUGGAGCCAGCUGGGUCCCUGCGGCAUGGGGGCGAGCACAACUGGUGGGGUAGUGCUCCCCAGUACCAGUAUAUGCCCUUUGAACACUGCACCAGCUACGGACUGCCCUCCGAGAAUGGGGCCCUUCAGCACAGGCUCCGGAGGGAUGCAGGCGCCUGGGCCAACACCCGCCCCACACAGAUUUAUGGCCAUUACAAACAGCAAUUCUCAGACAAGGAGCAGGACCCAGGGAUGCCCAAGAAGAUGGGCUCCAGUGAGAGCGUGGACAGCAAGGAUGAGGAUCACUAUUCUAAAUGUCAAGGCUGUGUGCACCGCCUGGGACAUGUGGUGAGAAGAAAAUUAGGAGAAGACUGGAUCUUUCUGGUGCUCCUGGGACUGCUUAUGGCUCUGGUUAGCUGGAGCAUGGAUUAUGUCAGUGCCAAAAGCCUUCAGGCCUACAAGUGGACCUAUUACCAGAUGCAGCCCAGCCUGCCUUUGCAGUACCUGGUCUGGGUCACCUUCCCACUAACUCUCAUCCUCUUCAGUGCCCUCUUCUGCCACCUCAUCUCUCCCCAGGCUGUUGGCUCUGGAAUCCCUGAAAUGAAAACAAUACUCCGUGGGGUCAUCCUGAAGGAAUAUCUCACCCUCAAGGCCUUUGUGGCCAAGGUUGUGGCCCUGACUGCGGGGCUGGGCAGUGGCAUUCCUGUAGGGAAGGAGGGCCCCUUUGUCCACAUCGCCAGCAUCUGUGCCGCUGUCCUCAGCAGGUUUAUGUCGAUGUUCUGUGGGGUCUAUGAGCAGCCAUACUAUUACACUGACAUGCUGACGGUGGGCUGCGCCGUAGGAGUCGGCUGCUGCUUUGGGACGCCACUUGGAGGAGUGCUGUUCAGCAUCGAGGUCACCUCUACCUACUUUGCUGUGCGGAACUACUGGCGAGGUUUCUUUGCGGCCACGUUCAGCGCCUUCGUUUUCCGCGUGCUGGCUGUGUGGAACAAGGAUGCGGUCACCAUCACUGCUCUGUUCAGAACCAAUUUCCGAAUGGAUUUCCCCUUUGACCUGCAGGAGCUCCCAGCCUUCGCCAUCAUCGGGAUUUGCUGUGGCUUCCUGGGAGCGGUAUUUGUGUACCUGCAUCGCCAAGUCAUGCUCGGUGUCCGAAAGAACAAGGCCCUCAGCCGGUUUCUGGCGAAGCACCGCCUGCUGUAUCCUGGAAUAGUCACCUUUGUCAUCGCCUCAUUCACCUUUCCGCCAGGAAUGGGUCAAUUCAUGGCUGGAGAGUUGAUGCCUCGUGAAGCCAUCAGUACCCUGUUUGACAACAACACGUGGGUAAAGCAUGUGGGUGACCCUGAAAGCCUGGGCCGGUCGGCCGUGUGGAUCCACCCACAGGUCAACGUGGUCAUCAUCAUCUUCCUCUUCUUUAUCAUGAAGUUCUGGAUGUCCAUCGUGGCCACCACUAUGCCUAUACCCUGCGGAGGCUUCAUGCCUGUGUUUGUGCUUGGAGCUGCAUUUGGAAGGCUGGUAGGAGAGAUCAUGGCCAUGCUAUUCCCUGAUGGUAUCCUAUUUGAUGACAUCAUCUACAAGAUCCUACCCGGGGGCUAUGCAGUAAUUGGGGCAGCGGCGCUGACUGGUGCAGUAUCCCACACAGUCUCCACAGCUGUGAUCUGCUUCGAAUUAACGGGUCAGAUUGCCCACAUCUUACCCAUGAUGGUGGCUGUCAUCUUGGCCAACAUGGUGGCUCAGAGCCUGCAGCCCUCUCUCUAUGACAGCAUCAUCCAGGUCAAGAAGCUACCCUACUUGCCUGACCUUGGUUGGAACCAGCUCAGCAAAUUUACCAUCUUUGUUGAGGACAUCAUGGUACGUGAUGUGAAGUUUGUUUCAGCCACUUGCACAUACGGGGAAUUGCGAACCCUGCUCCAGACCACCACGGUCAAGACUUUACCACUGGUUGAUUCAAAAGAUUCAAUGAUCCUGCUGGGCUCCGUGGAGCGGUCAGAGCUGCAGGCCCUCCUUCAGCGCCACCUGUGCCCUGAGCGGAGGUUGCGGGCAGCCCAGGACAUGGCCAGGAAGCUGUCUGAGCUGCCCUUCGACGGAAAGCCUCGGCCAGCGGGCAAGGGACACCAAGGCAUCUCACCCGAGGGCCGGAGGGAGUCCUUUGCCUUUGUGGAUGAGGAUGAAGACGAGGACCUCUCUGGGAAGCCCGAGCUGCUCCCUCUCCCUCCUCCUCACCCCUUUCCUACUGCCCCACUCUCCCCCGAAGAGUCCAAUGGGCCCCUGCACAGCCACAAACAGCAGCUAGAAGCACCGCAGCCUGCAGGUCAAAGACCCUCUGUCUUUUGGUCCCUGCUGCGCUGCUUGCUGGGCAGACCUCGCCCCACAAAGAAAACAACCCAGGAGCCAAUGGAUUUCGUGGACAACAUGCCACCUGAAGAGAUUGAGGCCUGGGAGCGGGAACAGCUGAGCCAGCCUGUCUGUUUUGACUACUGCUGCAUUGACCAAUCUCCCUUCCAGCUGGUGGAGCAGACGUCCCUGCACAAGACCCACACGCUGUUCUCGCUCCUUGGCCUCCACCUUGCUUAUGUGACCAGCAUGGGGAAGCUCAGGGGCGUGCUGGCAUUGGAAGAGCUGCAGAAGGCCAUUGAGGGGCACACCAAGUCUGGGGUGCAGCUCCGCCCUCCCCUCGCCAGCUUCCGGAACACGACUUCCACCCAGAAGAAUCCCGGGGGCCCGCCCCCUCCCACAGAGGCCUGGAGCCUUCCUGAGGAGAGAGCUGGGGCUGCUGGGGCAGGUGACGGGGCUCCCGCCCCCCCAGAGACCCCCGUGCCCUCCGCCUCAGCAGAGCCCCGUCUCUCGGCCGCCCUGGACAAGACGGAGGGCGAGCUGGAGGAGCUGGGGCUGAUAGAGAGUCCAGGACUGGAGGAGGGGCUGGCUGACAUCCUGCAGGGCCCCAGCCUGCGAUCCACUGAUGAGGAGGAUGAGGACGAGCUGACCCUUUGA